AUGGCCUACGUCAGCGAUGUGAAACCUGAUUCUGAUGCUAAUUCCGUUCCAGGUGACGACCAUUGUCCCUCCGUCCUGGCGCAGAGGUGGCAGCUGAAGGCCAGGAGGAGCCUAACCCCACGUCAGGGCUCGGCGGGGCCUCAGGGCAGAAGGGCAAACUCAGGGUGCUUAUGCUGUGCAGACAGGGCCCAGCUGCAGGAGGAGGCGGCUGAGGGGCGAAUGGAGCCUGGGCCGUGUCGAAAGCAAGCCAGCUGCGUCCUGCGGAAGCUGAGGAGGGAGAGGCUGCACGCGGAGGAGGCGGGAGCGCCGCCUAGCCACAGGGGCAACCUCCCCGAGUCCCCACCUGCACCGCUCCCCUUCAGCCAGGACGUGCAGACAAACUCCUCGCCCCUCCACGGCUUGGUAGAGGGGGGAUCCAGUCAGCUGGCCUUGGGGCCAAACCGUUUCCAGCCCGUCACCAGCACCCAGCGCCCGGGCGAGGAGGGCAGGGCCGCUCGGGAGCCGGGGGCCGGGAGCGGAUCUCCCACACCGAGACACCCUCCCGGGGACCCCCUUCCUGUGGCGGCCCUGAGGAACCAGAGCUCGGGGGAGAGAGCACCGGAGGGACCUGUGACCCCCAGCAAGGAGGGAGGAGGCCAGAGGAAUCCGAUUGAUCCAGAGGCACUCCGGAGGCUGCAGAAGAGCCUUCUGCAGGAGGAGGAGGAGGAGGAGGAGGAAGACGGGGACAUGUACAGAACCUGCACCCUCCUUAAGCCAUGCAAGUGUCCCAGUGUCAUGCAGUUGGUGAAACCGCACUAUCAGAACAUCAAGGCCACCUCAGGCGACGACCAUCGUCCCUCCAUCCUGGCGCAGAGGCGACAGCUGAAGGCCAGGAGGAACCUAACCCCAUGUCGGGCCUCGGCGGGGGCUCAGGGCGGAAGGGCAAACUCAGGGUGCUUAUUCUGUGCAGACAAGGCCAAGCAGCAGCGGGAGCAGGAGGGGACGGAGGGGCGCAAAGAGUUCGGGGAAUCGAGCUCGACUGCCGCGCUGCGACGACAGCAGACCUACAACGUCCUGCAGAAGCUGAGGAACGAGAGGCUGCGCAGGAACGAAGCCAGAAUGCUGCAGGGCCACCGGAGGGACCUCUCCGAGAUGCCGCCUGCCCCACUCCUCUUCAGCCGGGACACACAGACCACAACCUUGUCCCACCAUUGCUGGGUAGAGGCACAGUCCGGUCAGCCGGCCGCAAUACCGGCCAUGGGACCAGGCCGCCUCCAGUCCGUCACCAGCUCCAGGCACCAGGGCGUGACGGGCAAGGCCAGGGGCAGGCCGGGAGCUGGGAACCAUCCUCCCACUGUGAGAUGUGCUCUCCAGGGCCUCCUCCCUGUGAGGGUCCCGUGGAGGCAGAGGCUGGGGAAGCCAGUGCCAGAGCAGCCUGCACCAUGCAGCGAGCAUGGAGAGCGCCAGAGGGCCCUGGCUGACCCAGAGGAGCUGCAGAGGAGCCUGCUGCAGGAGGAGGAGGAUGAAGAGGAGGGAGACAUGUGCAGGAUCUGCCUGGUCCCCGGAGGCACCCUCCUCAACCCACUGCUUGAGCCAUGCAAGUGUGUGGGCAGCCUGCAGUUUGUGCACCAGGACUGCCUGAAGGAGUGGCUGAAGGCCAAGGUCAUGUCAGGGGCUGAGCUGGCUGCCGUCACUUCGUGCGAACUCUGCCAACACGCUCUCAAGCUCGACUUCGACAACUUCGACGUGAACAAGUUCUACCAUGAGCAGGCCGCAUGCCAGGAACAGGCGAGCGACCCCAAUCUCCUCGUGGCCACGCUGCUGCACCUCUACGAGCAGCGGUUCGGCGAGUUCGUGCAGCUGCUGAACGGGAACACCACCUCCCAUCAGUUCACAACAGUCAACCCACAGCCCGGAAGAGACCGCACCAACACUCAAAACUCGGACUCCGAGGCGGGGGCUUGGUGAUCGCACUGCCCCACUGCACCAACCGGACAUCUCAGCCAAGAGGUGUGCGGAGGAAGAGGAGAGCCUCAGCACUGCUGGCUGCAGAGCUGCACGGAUAACUUGCUGUGCAAU